AUGUUUAAGAUCAUGAGUUGGAGGACUCGUACAGUUGUUUUACAAGAACUCAGUAAUCUUCUAUAUAGCAGUAGCCGUGGAAUGCGACGGUAUCCGUUUCCAGUGACUUUCGAAAAUGUGAAGUUCCCUCCCAAUGGCGAACUAAAGCUUCCAAAGAUGCCUCCUGAACCUUUCUACGAUCCCGAUAAGGGCGAGAAGAAGUACAAAACAACGAAGCGAAUGAUCGAAGCACGUGGUGUAGAAGAAGUUCAUACAGAGCUCAUACACGAACAGUUUGGCCUCGCAGCGAUUUCUGGAGGCUUCAUAACAGCAGAGGAUUUCAAAUUCAUUCAGGAGCGUGUCAACAAGAACCUUCGUGAUAAACAGUUUGCCAUAUGGCGCGUAGAUCCUCCGUGGUUACCCAGAACGAAGAAAGCUCAAGGUACUCGUCUCGGUGGUGGAAAGGGAAGUAUCCAACAUUAUGUAACACCUGUUAAAGCGAAACGAAUCAUUUUAGAAGUCGGAGGCCAUAUUACUGAGAUUGAGGCACAAGCUUUUCUACUCUAUCUUUGUGAGCGAUUCUCGUUCCCAGUGGAAUUUGUGAGUGAGAGGUUACUCAAUGAAAGAAGAGAAGCAGAGAAAAAGUAUAGCCGAGCACAAUGA